GAGCAACACUGGAGCGAUUAGCAGCAAAAAGGGGGAGCCUGAUAUCGAGGAGUCAGCCCGAUGUAUAUCUCUCUAUACGCCUCAACUUUUAACACAAAGUUCAAUAUCCAAACACAAAAACGGGACGAGGACUACGCAGAGCCACACUUUGCUUUUUACGCAUUUUCACUGAAUGUAACAUAUGGGACCAUAGAGGCAGCCUGAGCUGGAUUCUGGUUUAUUUCUUAUAUAUUUAUUUUUUUCUCCCUUUUUUUGGAUUUUUUUUUUCUGACUCGGACUCUAUUUGACCGAGUUUCUUGAGAUUUUUAUUUAUUGAAUCUUUUUCCGCCUGGGGAGAAGCAUCUCACUGUUGUUAUGAAGACUUCAUCCGUCCUUUCUUAAUAUGGAAGGAUCCAGCGGGUCGAGUUUUGGGAUAGACACUAUUUUAUCCAGCGCCUCUAACUCUGGUAACCCCGUACUAAUGAACGGAGAUUUCCGGCUGGGCGACAGCAGGACAGCGGAUUUCAGGAGCCAGUCAACCCCCUCGCCAUGCUCGGAGAUAGACACUGUGGGAACGGCCCCCUCGUCCCCCAUGUCGGUCACUAUGGAGCACGCCGCCGACGCGCAUCUGGUGCAGGACAGCCUUCAGCAUCACCACCAUCACCACAACCAGCCACAGAGUUUGCCGCUGUCUCCUCAGCAGCAUCAGCAGCAGCCGCUUGCCGGGGCCGGCUGCGCCCCGAGGACUGCCACAUCCUCGUUUUUAAUCAAAGACAUUUUAGGCGACAGCAAACCGCUGGCAGCGUGCGCACCUUACAGCACCAGCGUAUCCUCACCCCACCACACACCAAAACCAGAAAGUGCCACGGCUCCGGACGUCUUCAGGCCCAAGUUGGAACAAGACGAAAACAGAAGCAAGUUGGACAAAAGGGACGACAUUCAAAGCGAAAUUAAAUGCAACGGCACUAAAGAAGAAGGGGACCGGGAGAUCUCCAGUAGCAGAGACAGUCCACCGGUGCGCACGAAAAAACCUCGCAAAGCACGGACAGCUUUUACCGACCACCAGCUCAACCAGCUGGAGAGGAGUUUUGAGCGUCAAAAAUACCUCAGCGUGCAGGACCGCAUGGACCUGGCGGCGGCCCUCAACCUGACAGACACACAAGUCAAGACCUGGUACCAAAACAGACGGACGAAGUGGAAGAGGCAAACGGCGGUGGGACUGGAGCUCCUGGCUGAAGCAGGAAACUACUCGGCCUUACAGAGAAUGUUCCCGUCGCCCUACUUCUACCACCCGAGCCUGCUCGGCACCGUGGACAGCACGACGGCGGCCGCGGCGGCCGCAGCCAUGUACAGCAGCAUGUACCGGACUCCCUCCACACCGCAUCCCAGCCUCCAGAGACCUCUUGUCCCGAGGGUGCUCAUUCACGGCCUUGGGCCGGGGGGGCAACCGGCACUAAACCCCCUGUCUAACCCGAUGCCCGGGACACCGCAUCCGCGAUAAAAUUUCAAGACCAGAAAACCUGGUUGAACACGUGAUUUGGUUCUUUUUCCCCUGACAAUUGUAGUUUAGGUAAUGGUCACUUCUUUCAAGUAGUCCACUUUCAAGGGAAGCUUUUAAAGGUAGAAUUGUGGGUAAGUCUACUGUCACCACCAAAAUCAUACGACUGAUCCACGGGGAAGAAAGGGCCAAUUAGAGAUCAUUUGGCAAAGAAGCUUUCCAUUGCUUUCACUCUGGUAUUAUUUGGUCUUUUGUUGACCUCUGCUGAGAGCAAAGGCGGAUUCUCUGACAAGCAGGAGAGGGGCCGCCGCCGCGCUGCUCUUUCAUCUAGCAUUGUGAGAGCACAAGUGCCCGUGUCCGCCAACCACUUUAAUCAACUUAAUGCAACUGAUACUGCCUGUUGUUAUGAGCCCCCAGUCCAAUUCAAAGAAGCCCACAGAUGGGCAGAAGCAGUGGAGGCUACUCUGCAGUCCUCUGCUGCCAACAAGUGCCAUGGGGGUCAGAGAUACAGGAACAAGGAAGAUGGGGGUCUUGGGACAGGGAGGCAUCACUCAGACAACCUGUCUUCACAGCGAUGCUGGUUCCUCUCCCCCAUCCUUCCACAUCCACAUCUUUACAAGGGCUACACAGCACAUCUGAUAUGAAAUGUGGGUGAUGGACCUUUGUUUAGUUCAAAGGUUCGUACCUCUUUAUUCCUAAGUCCCUUUGUAAAUCCUCAGUCCCUGAAAUAUGUAUAACUGUCCUUUUCAUUCCAGCCAUCUGAGGGGGGAAAUCAAAGCCAGAAGUUUCUGUGAGAAUCAGUUUGAAAUGGAGUGUCCAUGUGGUGUCUUCACUUCUUAACCUGCUUCCCAGCACAGAACCCGUGCGACCUUCAAAACAUGAGCAUGGACAGUCACUUUAGCCGCUGCACAGAUUCAUAUACAUAUUCAUAACUCACAGGCUGGCUCAGUCAGGUUUAGCUCUUAUACGCUCACAGUUACACUAAUUAAAAUAAAACUACAGCUCUAAUAAGUCCAUCCAGUUUCUGAUUAA